CGCAGGUCGGGGACAGCAGCAUGGCGGAAGACGAGAGUGAUCAGGAGUCGGAGAGACUAGGGGAAGAGCUGGAAGCCAUCACACAGGAGGAACUGCAGGGCAUUGCCGCGGACGACAUCAGGAGCCGGGAGUACUGCCGCCGCUUCUGCGAGGUGAGCCGGGCCGGGCCGGUGACAGAGGGGCCCAGCCACCCAGGACAUGGAGACUGCCUGCUCCUGGGCUCGCUGGCUCUGGAGUGCGUUUCCAAGCUAGCAGAGCAUCAUGGGAGAUGUAGUCCCAAACACAGGGAGAGCUGAGUGAGCUGCCCUGUGCAGGGAGCAACACCCCAUUCACCCAGAGAGAGAGAGCCUGGCUACCUCACCUUGCAAUAUGGCCACUGUGUGUGUGUGUAUAUAUAGUGUCUGUCUCUCACUGGCAUUAUCUCCCACUCACUGUCAUUAUCUCCCUCUCACUGGCAUUAUCUCCCACUCACUGUCAUUAUCUCCCUCUCACUGGCAUUAUCUCCCACUCACUGUCAUUAUCUCCCACUCACUGUCAUUAUCUCCCACUCACUGUCAUUAUCUCCCACUCACUGUCAUUAUCUCCCACUCACUGUCACUGUCAUUAUCUCCCCACUCACUGUCAUUAUCUCCCCACUCACUGUCAUUAUCUCCCCACUCACUGUCAUUAUCUCCCCACUCACUGUCAUUAUCUCCCACUCCUGUCAUCUCCCAUUUCUCCCACUCACUGUCAUUAUCUCCCACUCACUGUCAUUAUCUCCCUCACUGUCAUUAUCUGUCACUGUCAUUAUCUCCCACUCCUCACUGUCAUUAUCUCCCACUCUCACUGUCAUUAUCUCCCCUCGCUGUCAUUAUCUCCCCUCUCGCUGUCAUUAUCUCCCCACUCGCUGUCAUUAUCUCCCCACUCGCUGUCAUUAUCUCCCCACUCGCUGUCAUUAUCUCCCCACUCGCUGUCAUUAUCUCCCCACUCGCUGUCAUUAUCUCCCCACUCGUCAUCUCCAGUCAUUGCCUCUUUCUCUUUAUCUGUCCACUUUUCUCUAACAGUCUCACACAGAGUCAUCCUCUUUCCUUUUCUCUAUUACUCUUAAACAGGAUUAUUUACUAACGUGAGAAUUCCAUGUGAAUUCCAAACAUAAGGUUAAAAUAACAGAAUUUGAAAAUAAUUUUCUAAUUCAGCUAUGCUUCUAGUUGAGCUACUUUUGCAUUAAAGUUUUAAAUUCACUUUGAAUUCUUACUUAAGUCAAUAAACCUGAUAUUCUCAGGCUUCUUCAUUAAACUCUGAAUUGUAUCUAAUUGAAAUUCAAAUUGCUGAAUUUAAGCACAACUGGCUGACAUGGAAUAUUGUUCUUCUUUUUAUCUUUCACUUUUAAGUUUGAUACAGUUUUAAUGAAUAAAUAAUCCUGUCUCACCUUUCUUCUUUCUCACCUUCACUUAGGGCAUUGGCUGAUUUAAUUAUUUAAAGAAAUGUCUUAGACUGCAUGAUAGAGAUCAGAAACAAGUCAACAGUCCGUUGGAUAAACACAUAUUGUAAUGAAUUGUAUUCCCCGUUUUAACUAAUAAUGCAUGCUACCGAAACUCUCAUUCUAAAGGUUAACAUAUAAAAAUAGUUUUCUAAAAUACCAAGAUAUGAACUUUAUAUAAGGGCAUUUUGUAUGUUGCUUUAUUCUAUGAUGGUAUCCAGUUUUCUAAAUUAACAAGUAAUUCCUUUUAGGAAGCCUAACUAAAUAUGCUUUAAAAACGUUUGGUCUGUCCAGUUCCUCAUUUACUAUCCAAAGUAAGUCAAGAAUUCUAUCAUGAUUCCUUGCUUUCAUAAAUAUGUGUUAAUGUGCCUCACCCAGUUUAUUAUAAGAUAUAUCUAGUAGUUAUAUUGGGUGCCAGGCUUGGCCAGUAAAGCCUUGCAUUUAAAGGAGCACUUCAACCCCCUAAAGCACUUUUAUAAUGGUGUUAAGCUGCCCACUUUCAACUUCAACCCCCUAAAGCACUUUUAUAAUGGUGUUAAGCUGCCCACUUUCAAUCAGUUUGCUGGGACGGUACUCUUCUUUAUUUGUGACUUUGUGCCGCAGCAAAAAAGCAAAAGGUAGUGCUUUGCAUAGAUAACCCUCAGUCAAAUGUUCACCCAUAUUUGUGUCGAGGCGUGAGUCUUAUGACUCCGCUUCCAACCACUAUAGUGAGCUGAUGGUGAUUGCAUUGUGCACUGAAUAAAGUUGACCAUUUAUACACUGACUUUAAAAUGAACAUCCAGGAUAGAAUGUACUUAACAUUCUAUUGCUGUCCAGGGAUCUUAUGCUUAUCCCGUCCAUCCUUGCUGUUAUUGUCUUCAUCCAUAAAAAUCCUAUAUAAUGUCAUGUGUGUUAAAGAAUAGUAGCUUCACUCAGAUUAAUUUUGUUUUUUGCAAAACAGUGGUAACACCAACCUUAAUUUGCUUCCUUUUAAAGGUAUCAUAAGCUUUGGUUAUCUUGUAUUUUAUCAUGGAUUAAAGGGUUACUCCAAGCAUCAUAACCACUAACGCCCACUGUAGUGGUUAUAAUGCCAGGACUAUCCUGACAUCUCUUCAUGAUAACAGGGAAAGCAGUUUUGCAGAAGUUUGCCUUCUUUCCUGGGACCUGCCAGACAACGUGGUCCGUAGGCACCAAUCUUGCUGCACUUUUACUGGCUGAGUGUGUCAAUUGAUGUCUCUCAUUGAUCCCAAUGCAUUACUCUCAUUUCAUUACUCUCAUUUCAUAGAAAAUGCACAUUAAAACGCUGCAUGUACAGACUUCAAGUACCAUGACCUCUUCAGAUAGCUGAAGUGGUCAUGAUGCUUAGAGUAAGCCUUCUCAUGGUCAUACAUAUCCCAAAAUAGAAAGCUAUUUCAUACAGCUAAUAUAAUUGUUUUUUAAAUAUCAUAGAUUUACAUAGUUAUAUGUAACAACAAAUCCUUAUCAUAAUCACACAGGCAAGUACUACUUGUUUAACUAUUCAAACUUGUCUGAAGGAUAUUAUGGUCCCUCUCUGUUGUGUAGCUCUCAUACAUCAUUUAUAUACAGAGUUCCAUUCUAGUGUUGGUUGGGUGUGUGGUUUUUCUUUUAUUUUAUAUAAAUAUAUAUAUAUAUAUAUAUAUAUAUAUAUAUAUAUAUAUAUAUAUAUAUAUAUAUUCGCAUCACAUUCAAAACAAUUAACACAAGUUAUAGAUAUUAGUUGUUGUUUUUUUGUCAAUCAUGUAACCUUUAAGACAAUAGAAACAUGACAGUUUUUUUUAACUGCCAUAUAUAUUUUUAUAAUCUGUGUAUAUUGUUCACUGCAGAAUACAAUGGCACAUUUGAGGAUUCUUUGCAAAGUUAACUAUUUUUAUGACAUUAUGGUAUGUAGGGCUUUGUAACUUCUUACAGCUUUUCAGGGCAGAAAGUAUUAUUUGAAAUAUGUUGGUGGCAAAGACAGAUUAAUAUCUUCUUAGGUGAUUUGCCCUAAAAGGAUACAGCUGCAACAGUAGGGGAUAUAUAUCAGCAGAAAGCACUCUUUUGUUUAUAAAUAUAUAAUAUAUUAAAUAUAUUCAGGCAGUCCUUUUAUAAACAAGAGUGCUUUCUGUUGAUCUAUAACAGAAACUGAGGGUCAGUUGGUCGGAGGGGUACUUAUACCCUUUUAUUUUAAUUUGGUUCCUGUAUGGCUUAGAUUAACUUUUUUUUUUUUUAAACAUUUUAUAUAGGUUAUAAAAUGUUAUGUUAAAGUACCACUAUAGUGCCCUGAGGGUGACCCCACCCUCAGGGUCCCCCUCCCGCCCAGCUCUGGAAGGGGGCAAGGGGUAAAAACCUACCUUUUUCCAGCGCUGGGCGGGGAGCUCUCCUCUCCGCCUCCGUUCCUCCCAGUCGGCUGGCUGCGCACGCGCGGCAAGAGCUGCGCGCGCAUUCAGCCGGUCGCAUAGGAAAUUUACAAUGCUUUCCUAUGGACGCUGGCAUGCUCUCACUGUGAAAAUCACAGUGAGAAGCACGCAAGCGCCUGCAGUGGCUGUCAAUGAGACAGCCACUAGAGGCUUUGGGGGAAGGAUUAACCCAUUUGUAAACAUAGCAGUUUCUCUGAAACUGGUAUGUUUAUAAAAUAAUGGGUUAACCCUAGCUGGACCUGGCACCCAGACCACUUCAUUAAGCUGAAGUUGUCUGGGUGCCUAGAGUGGUCCUUUAACCCCUUAAGGACCAAACUUCUAGAAUAAAAGGGAAUCAAGACAUGUCACACAUGUCGUGUGUCCUUAAGGGGUUAACAUUAAAAAGCAUGUGGCUCUUUCAAUGAUGUCACUCUCAUAAAAACUGUCAUUCACAGUAUGAUUGAUGCCAUAUGGUGCUAGGUCCCCAAAAUCUCAGGAGAACACGGCUGUAUAGGGCAUGCUGCGUGAAAUUAGUGGGAGCUGCCACCAUUAAUCAAAAGUUCUCUCUCUUUAUUGGGAGAAGGGCCUGUACCGCAGCUACUAUUGCUUGGAGCUACACUAAAGGUUAGAGCUCCAGGCAUUUGCAGUCUUCUUUGCUCUCUCUUUCCCUUCCCUCCUUGUUGCAUGCAAACUUUGGAAUACAGGUAUAGAUGGCAUGAGCAGAGUGUUCCAUUGUGUGAUUCACAGCCCAAAGGCAGUUCUAAGCCCAUUGCAGAGCUGAAAGUUGGUUCAAGGAUGCAAUGUUGUAGUUGUGAUAAGUGUGACCCUUUAAGGACAGCACCCACAACCACACAUAGCGUCUGCCACCUGGACGUGUAACUUCCAUGAAUGUUGGCAGACUGGGACAUGUUAUCCUGGUGCUGCCCUGAUAUUAAAGAACGCUAGCCAUAACCCUGUUAAAAAACUAAUUAUAUAAAGAUACAUAGAACUGAAUUUGGUAUUAUGGGAAAAAUAAACCUUCACUCUAGUGUUUUAUUAUAAUCCAAAAAACCCUUGAUGUCUCCAGACCCCGAAAGCUGAUAUUUUCUCCUAGCACGUAGAAUAGUUGGAACUGCUCUACGAUCUGACAGAAGCCAUAGCAAAUUGAACAAUAACCUGGGUGGGCUCUGUGCAGCAGGAGAGAGAGAGCUAACUCCAAGUUGCAUGUGCACACACCACUUGGAAAAAGUUGAUAUUCUUAAUCAGGAAAAGAAAUCCUGCAGCUUUCUGACUGCCAAGGAUGGGAGCGACAUGUUACAAAGCUCAUUAUCUUGAAUGAUAAUGAACUUGAAAGGGGAGAAUGGAAAGUCAGGCACCUUGCUCCAUAGCGAUUUCAGUUAGCUGAAGGGGUUAUGUUGCUUAGUGUGGCACAGAGCAACUGUAACAAAGAAAACCAAAUUCUAUCCUUUUUAUUUUUUUUUUCCUUCACUUUUUGCAGCCUGAAAUAAAGAUCUGAUUUUCUAUGUUGUGUGUGCUACCACAAUUUAGUGCCUAGAUUAUUUUAGUCAUGUGGAUUGCUAGACACUGUCUUCAAUAUUCACAUUUCUUCUAAGCGACAAACUUACAGAUAUAUAAAAUCUCACACUCGUUGAUCUUAGUGUUCAAAACAGAAGCAAAGUUGAAGUUGCAUUUCUCUCUGGCCUUCAUUCCAAGUAAUAGUAGAUGUUAACACAAACUCCUUCUCAUUGUUCAUAUUGAAUAUCUCUAGUCAUGGGUAACACACACACAGUUUUAUGUGAUUUGAAGAACUAUGGUUCUAUGGUAAUUUAACUCAUGUUUUGAAUAUUCCACCUAUUGCCAGUCUCUCUGAUCCUUCACAUCUUUGUUUUGUUUUUUUCUCUCUCUUUCUGUAGCUACUUUUCACCUUUGUUUCCUUCUAGAAACCUGCUAAAAUAGUAUUGAAAUAAACUGAUUACAUUUUUAAAUUGCCAGACUUUGUAGAUGUGAGCAGGGAAAUCAUGGACUUGUGAAUAUGGAUAAAUGUAAAAAAUAUUAAAUCAUGAGACGUUGUGUAUCUGGGUUAAUUUGCUAUUCUAUAUUACUUGUAUACUUACUCAACAUUUCCUCCUCUUUUAUCAGGUUGUUGAAGAAUAUACUGCACGUUGGCAGGUUCCUUUACCUCAAGUCCAAGUUCUUCAGACGGCCCUGUGCUGCUUCACAUCUGCCAGUGUCUCGUUACCAGCUCAAUGUGAGCACGUACAGUAUGUUUUGAGUAGACUAGCUUUGUAAGUACUUCUUUACAUUUAAAAAAUUAGAAAAAAAAGCUGUGAUCACUUGUGUUGUCUAUAACCACAAACCUGAACUUCAUACUCUGAUAUAGUUGAUUUUGUUAAUCUUCAAGUGUAAGUGUAUCUCUUCCUUCUUUAACUAGUACCAGCACUAGCUUGGGGCCUGGCCCUCCUUUAUUGUACCUUAUAUAGAUUAUCAGAGGGGCAUGAUUUAACUAGGACAACUAUGAAGUCCCUUUUGAAGAACAACAUUUGUUCAUCCAUGUAACGUUAGAAAUAUCUAUAUUUAGUGAUUGAUGAAGAAUAGCAACAAUACUUUGAUGCAAAAGUCAAUUUAUGGGAAUUAAAAUCUAAAAUGUAGCGAUUUUCGUACUGUUCAAGUCCUGAAAAUAUCAGUGAUCUGGGUGUUCUGUGCAAAUAGUUUUUUAUUUGGCUAUAAAAAAAAAAGAAUUGCUUACAUUUUUAAACAAAAUUAUUUUGCCAUUAUCCCCUUACCAUACAGGUCUGUGUUCUCGUCACAGUGAUUUCUUGAUAAGUGCCUAUUCCAUUUUGAAACUUUUUUUUUUUGUUUGUUUUGUUUUUGGUAAAAAUCUCAGAUAUCCCAACUUGGGAGUCACAGCCCCGAGUGCUCCUAUCACCACUGGGUCUACUACUGCCUUAACUUUCCACAUCCUUUCUAGUUCUUCUUUCAGUCCUUGGUAUUUCUCCACCAUCUCAUGUUAUAGUCACUGGGUAUUGCCACAUCCACCACGACUGCAGUUUUUCCUUCCUUGUCUACCACCACGACUGCAGUCUUUCCUUCCUUGUCUACCAGCACUUGAUUGUCUGUCUGGAUCUUGAAGUCCCACAGGAUCUUAGCACUGUCAUUCUCAACUACCAUCUGGACUUCCAGCAGGUCCAAUCCAUAUUCUGUACAGUUUGUACAUGUUUCGCGAAGUACACAAUCCCAGCAACUUGGUUGUGUCUCUCCGUGUAUGCUGUUCCUGCGAACAUCUUGCAUCCGGCAACUAGGUGCUGGACUGUCUCAGAGGCCUCUUUGCACAGUCUGCACCUUGGGUCUUAUCUGGUGUGCUAGACUCCAGCUUCUACUGCUCUGGUGCUGAGUGCCUGUUCCUGUACUGCAAGGAUUAGUGCCUCCUACAUGUUUCCAAUGUUCUGUGAAGACAAAGGUCUGACUGUAAAAUUGAGCUCUAAUAUUUUCUUUGCACCAAAAUCAAGACUGUCUUUCUGCAUUUAAGAUAUAAUUAAACACAGGUUUGCAGUUCCCUCCCAAGAACCAUUGUUUCUCAGCAUUGUUAUUUUAAAUGAAGAAUAAAUGUAUCAAUGUGUAUCUUCUUUCCUCUAUAUUUAUCUUGGUGAAUCAUUUCCUUUUUUUUUUUCAUUUUUCUUUCAGGAGUCUGUUUGAGUUGCUGCUGUUUUUUGGAAAGGAUGAAUUCUAUGAAGAACCUUUAAAAGACAUUUUGGGUUCAGUGCAGGUAAUGAAUGCUUAGAUAUUUUUCACAUUCUGUAUGCAUCGGAAUACAUUGGAAGCUUUUCAUAGACCUAAAGAAUUAAAGAAAACACGAUGCAAUAUAUGAACCAUUAAUUGCUUGGGUAAAUUUCCAUAACAAACUUUUUUUUAAAAAAAAUGUUUUUAUUUUUUUUAAUGUAUAUUCUGCUGCUGUAUUAAAAACUCAAAAGCCAGUUAUGCAUCCAAAUUAUAUUUCAGUGUCCGAGUAUCUUUCUCUUUCUUUGUCAGGAAAAAAGACACAAUUUGUGGAGUAAAUGUCCUUUUUAUUUUUUAUUAUAAGAAUGUAAUUAUUUGCAGAAGUUUACAUGCCUGUUUUUGUUUGUGAUGGAUGCGCUACCUGUUCCACACAUGUCCCUCAUGUCCUGUUUGCCAUCUGUGAAUUUGGAAUCACCCAUGUGUGAUGGCCCUGUCUAACAACAAACUCCCUAUAAUGUAAAUGUGUGUUUAUUUUAUAAUUUAUUUAUUUUUUGUGCUCAUUUAGUAACAGGCAGAUAAUGGCCUUGAUUUUAAUAUUUUUGGAUAACAUUUUCAAAUGAUUCAAAUCUGUUUGGAAAAACUUUCCAAAUGAUUUAUACACAAACCUUCCCAUAGACUUUACUAGUGUCUUCUGUAGAUUUGUCACUUGGAAAGCUAUGGACCGAUUUGAAUCAUUACCGAAGCCUAUCCAAAAAUAUUAAAUUGAGGUCAAUAUGUGGUCUCCGUAAUAUUUAAAUUUUUAUUAAUAGCAAUAUUUCACAAUUUUACUUUGAUUUAUUUGACAUUCUGAUAGUAUAAUAGGAGGGAGUUAUUCCAGCCAGAAAUUGUACCUAACAGCCGCUUACUAUAUGCUUUCUUGACUAUUAAACCAAAAGGUGCUUUGGUUCACUGCUUUAUACAUUGUUUUGCUUCAGUAUUUUUAGAAGUAUGGCGGUAUCAGAAGAAUAUGCUGCUCUAUGUAGCCGUUGUACCCAUCAACUCCUUACAAUACUUUGGAUGCUGAUACAAGAUAUCAGAUACAAUAAUUGAAUUUAUUUCAAUGGAAGCCCCUUUGUGGCUGGCUGAUUGUAAGCCAUUAGUCGGCAUGGAUAUUGCAAAAUAUAUAUACACUGCCAUAUCUCCUAAACAGCGCUGUUUGUAUUACCAAGACUUAGACUGGACCUUUAAUUGACAACAUUAAUCAACCACCAUGUUUAUUAAUAACCUGUUAUGUUGAUAUAUCUUGAUUGUAAUGUAUAGUAUUACAUUGUUGUGCUAGAUAUUUGUACUAUGUGCACUUUGUUCUUCUUUCUUUUCUGUUGCUAGCAUUUUAUAGCUACAUAUUAAAGUCUAGUGCCAAUCUAGAUGAUCACAUUCUAUGUAGAGGAAUAUAACUUAUUGGGAUUUUUUUCAAUUAUACCACUUUCAUUGACCGUGGAAUAUCUAGCAGGGAUGGAAUUUAACAAACUGGCUAAUUGCAAAGGUGGCAUUCUAUCACAGUACCACACUUCAAUACAUUGAGCUUUUCAGAACAACCCAGUUUCUCACAAAUGUUUGUAAAUGCAGACUUCAUGGCUAGGUAUUUGAUUUUAUACCCCUAUAGCAAUGGGUCUUAUUGAAACACUUAAUUUCAAUAAUUUGUCCAUAUAGUGUAUGUACUCUAAUGCUAAUAUAGAAUGAUUUUUUUGACCAAUCAAAUCUUUAUGCUUUUUCUAUUUGUAUUUUUAUUUAAAACAUUGAAAACAAUAGCAAGUGUCUUGAUAGAAGUUUAAAUAACAUUUUAUCCCAAUCCUGACUAGCAAAAUGGUCACAUUAUAACAUUGUAGGUUUGAAUGUUUUUAUAUUUUUUCUUUUUGUUUAAUAUUUUGUUAGGAAUGUCAUGACCUCCUAUUCCGAUAUGACAGUGCAGACCUAACGCUAGUUACUGGUGUAAUAAAGGAUGGGGGUCCAUGGGAACAUCCAGUGUUGCAAGCUAUUCUAAAGGGAAAAUCUGAACCUGAAGAUGUUGGUACGUGAAAAUAUGUACAUAUGUCUUAAUAUGCUUCUGGUCUGCUGAUCAUGUCUAAUAUAUAUUGCUCAAACCAAAUUUCUAGCAAAUAUGUAGAUGGAGUUAUUCAACUAUACAUUACAUUCUUAAGUGAAAUUUCACUUCAGUCUAAAUGAUUUUUCCAUAAAAUUAAUUUCUUUAUAAAUGUGUUGCUUGUAAAACUCUGUUUGGGGUUGCUGGUGAUUUUAUAUGCAUUCUGUCUCGAGGAAAGUCCACAAAAGGACUGAAAUAUUGACCUAUUUUUAACGUGCUAAAAAAAAGAACCUUUUAUACUGCAUUUAUUAAGAUUACGGAGUGCUGAUGGCGAUUGUUCAAAAUUACAUAAUAUUGGUAUCAAAAUAUGUUAUGUAGUAAUUUCAAACCUGAUUUUAGAUGAACAAAUGAAAAACAUCAGAAGGUAUUUGUAUUUUAUUUUUAUUUAUUUUUUAACUUUCUCUAUGUGUAGUUUUGUAACCUAUUUUUAAUAAUGGAGUUUUGUUAUUUGUUUUCUUCCAGUUGACAAAUACAUGAGGUCUGAAAAUCCUGUGUUCUUUGAAUUGCGUGUCCGAUACCUAAUUGCCUGUGAGCGCAUUCCAGAAGCGAUGGCACUUAUAACAACUUGCUUAAGUCAUCCUGAAGUCAGCAAAAAUUUGUAUUACCAUCAAGCUUAUUUUACAUGUCUUUAUAUGGCACGUUUAACAGAUAAGCUGCUCAGUGAGGUAUGAUAUUUCUGUUCAUAUGCCAUUUAUUGUUCUUUAACAAGAUCUCCCAAUGCUAUAGCAGUGUAUAAGCGUUUUUUAUUUUUCAACAUCUGAGGAAAGGGAUUUAGGAGUAAUUAUUUCAGAUGACUUAAAGGUACGAAGACAAUGUAAUAGAGCAGCAGGAAAUGCUAGCAGAAUGCUUGGUUGUAUAGGGAGCGUUAUUAGCAGCAGAAAGAGGGAAGUGCUCUUGCUAUUGUACAGAACACUGGUGAGACCUCACUUGGAGUAUUGUACGCAGUACUGGAGACCACAUCUUCAGAAGGAUAUUGAUACUUUAGAGAGAGUUCAGAGAAGGACUUAUAAACUGGUUUAUGGAUUGCAGGAUAAAACUUACAAGGAAAGGUUAAAGGAUCUUAACAUGUAUAGCUUGGAGGAAAGACGAGACAGGGGGGAUAUGAUAGAAACAUUUAAAUACAUAAAGGGAAUGAACACAGUAAAGGAGGAGACUAUAUUUAAAAGAAGAAAAACUACCACAACAAGAGGGCAUAGUCUUGAAUUAGAGGGGCAAAGGUUUAAAAAUAAUUUCAGGAAGUAAUACUUUACUGAGAGGGUAGUGGAUGCAUGGAAUAGCCUUCCAGCUGAAGUGGUAGAGGUUAAGACCGUGAGGGAGUUAAACCAUGUAUGGGAUAGGCAUAAGGCUAUCCUAGACUUAAGAUAAGACCAGGGACUAAUUAAAAGUAUUUUGAAAUAUUGGGAAGACUAGAUGGGCUGAAUGGUUCUUAUUUGCUGUCACAUUCUAUGUUAUGUAAGUACUGGAACUUUAUGUAAGGUCUGGAAUUUCCAAGAAGUGUUCAAUAGGACAUUUUAGAUGAUCCUUACUGUUGGAGACAGGUGUUUUUUCUAAGAUGUAAAUUAAUAUAAGUAUUAUUACAAAUUUGUCUGCACUUUUUGUACAUUUGAAGAAUGGGUAAUCAAGCUAAUGUUAUGUUCAGAAUUUUGAUCUCUGACAUAAGACUAAGAACCCAUUCACCUAUAGAAUGUUUGUUUUAUUACAGUUCUUUAAAUAACUUUUCAUUUGUUCCCAUAAAAUAGAAAUUAAAUGUAUCUUCUUAAAUAUUUAUUCUCUCCUUCUUAGUUUUAGGAUCUUUAAAAUGAAUGCUUCUCUUGGGUUUUCUUUCUCGGUCAUGAAUUAAUGGAUCAACUAUCUUAGGGAAGUUUUUAUUAGUGACAAUCCAUAAAUAGAUUAAAUGUACAUGAUGCUAGUUAUGGAAAUUGGCCAAAACACUGAUCCUAAGACAAAGCCUCUUGAGUCCUUAUCUACAAUUAAUGUACAUUAAAUUACGCUUAUUUUCCUAUAUGUAUUAUGUGUUUGUAAGUGUUUCUAAUGUAGGCAUCUUUUUUUUUUUUUUUUGUUUGUUUUUCUUUUAAAAACAUAGCAUGUCCGUAGAAUAGAUUGCACUGAUGGAGUACAAAUUAUAUGCAACACUGAAAGUGAAGGUAAAACUGCGUUGGCAUGGCAACUAAGUGAAUCUUUCCUUCUCACACAGUUACGAACAGGUGCCAUGUAUUGUAUUUGGUAAGUACUGGUGAUAUGUUUUGUUGGCAAAAUACACCUAUUCAUACCAUGCAGUGUCUGUCGUCUUGUUUAUAUUGAUCUUAAUAUGACUUGAGCAUUGCAAAUCAUAUUAAUGUCUUUAGAAGAAUUUUAAUUGUGAUAUUGGUUAGCGUAUGUAAAAACACACCAGAAAAGGCUUAUUCUAUUUGUAUUGCUCCAAUAAUUCAUCAUCUGCAUGGAUGGGCAGUUUGCUUGUUUUUUUUAGUUUUUUUUAAUAUCUUAGUCUGAAUUAUAGUUGUACUCUGAUAGGCUGCAUAUUUGUUAGCCAGACGUAAAUAGAGCAAUUCUUUUUCAUCUUUAACUUUCUACAAUACAAGGCUUAUUUCAGUAAUUCAAGUCACAGCACACAGGUCCUGUAACAUUUACUUAAUAUAUUUUACAUAUUGCUUGCUUCCUUCUUAAUGGACUACUGAAUAUUUAAAGCAUCACAAUAGUGUUAGGACUAGAAACCUGUAGUGCAAUUGUCUCUAGUUAUAUACAGAUGGUUCUCCCCACCCCACUACUUUUUCCAGUAAAAUGAAGGUUUGGUACCCCUUUAACAGCAAAAUUCCCUCUGUGCUGCUUACCUCUCCACUUCCCACAAUGUUAUCGAGGAAGCAUAGCCUCCUCUGGGCAAUAGUCUGUGAGGAGCAUUGGGGACCUGAUGCAAAACAAUCACUGCUUGUGCAGUGGUGUAUCCUGGUUUUGUGCUGCCCUAGCAGUGGCUGCUGGGCGGUAGGGCGGCGCUGGCGAGGGAGCUGAGCAGACCGCUCAGAGGAAGAGCUCCCUCGCCGGCCGCCAGCACCGCCCGCCCAGCCCAGCCUGUCAGCCGCAAGGCUAAUUGGGCAUUUGGGGGGGCGGCUUUUUUUGCUGCCCAAGGCAAAUGCCUUGUUUGCCUCGCGGCUAAAACGUCCCUGUGCGUGUGCAUUCAAUCCUUCUGUCUCACAUGACUUUUUAUUGUGGUCAGUGCAGCAGAUGCACCUCGUAGAGGCAUGAUUAAGCCUUCAAGGUACACCCUGCCUUUUCUGCAAAACAGCAGUGGUUUUUACCCCAAAGUGUUCAAAUGAUAGGUCCACUGCACCCAAAUCACUUAAAUUCAGAGUUAUUUGCACUUGUGUUCUGCGGGCAAGUUGGACCCAGCACACAUGAGUUAGGCUGCUCCGGGCUGCCUAAUGUCCAAUCUGUGCAUAAAAUACUUCAGUCAUCAGCAUGCACUGGACACUGCUGACAGAAGAGACUGCUUCUCAGGGAUAAGCUCUUGUCUCACUCUUUUAACUCUCCCACCUCCCUUCGCAAGUUGAGAGCGUGUGCAUGCGACCUGAGCCAGUAGAAUGGUCUAUUUUGGACGGAAGGAGGAGGGGGGCCAAGAGCUUCGCACAAUGCUUGGUUAAUGUUAGUUAUAAUUAUUUUAUGUUUUUGAUUUGGGGACCAAUAUAAUACCUAUACAUGUUAAAGGGUAGGAGAAACCCUUUAACUGUUGUACAACAUACAUACUCAUAAGUGUGAGCUUGUUCUUUCAUGCCAUUAACUGUUCUCCUGUACCCUGACACAGGUCUGUUUGAUACUAUACACGUUGCACAGUGCUCUUUAAAUGACACUAUGUGAGUGGUAUUUGACACAAAUCUAAGUGUUUUUUUUAUUUUUGUGUUUUUCCAGGGAUUUAAUAUUUAUUUGGAGCAAACUUCAGCUGAAAAUGAACUCCUCUAAGCAAGUGUUUGUCGAGCAAUGCUAUCACAUGUUAAGGGUUGCCACUAAUGUGAAAGUCAUUUUUCCUUUUAUGAAAAUAAUAAAACAAGAAGUAAGUGCAAUUGUAUUUGUUUUAUUUUAUUAUUAUUCAGACAAUUGGGUACCGGAGUGUGAAGUAAUGUAACUGUUCAUCGACAUAUGUUUUGUUGAUAUUGUUUUUACUUCCAUAUAUAAUACAACAUAUGAGUCUUUUAAUGAAAUCUGGGUAAAUCAAAGUGUUUUUUAGAUCCAGCAUUUGGUUAGACCAUUGCAAUUAUAGCUAUCUUUGGCAUUCGUUGCAAAAUGUAGGGUUUUAUUUCCUAAACGCCAGAAUGUUCCAAACUGAAAUCAGAGUAUCCAACUCUCUAUUGUUAAAGCCUGGUCAUUUUAGCCUAGUUUUUAUAAUUGGUAUUUCAAUUUGCUGCAGUUUGGAGUUUAGUGAAUAAACCCUGUUCUAGUCACCUUUCUCCUUUUGUAUUUACAAAUAUAUAAAAAAUCCCAUAUAUAUAGAAUUUAGUAAAUUAACAGGAACAGUCUCCUUCAGUAUUGCCAUAAUUUCCGUGGCACUCCUUGUUGGUGUCAGCUGUGUCCUUAUGUGGACUAACUCCUAUUUCCAUUCCAUUAUUUAAUGACUGUAUUUUGCUGGGGGUUUUUUUGGUAAUAAUUAUUACUAUUCUUAAAGUCAUGUCUUUUGAUCUUUCCUUUCUUUUUGUCAUACAGAUUGCAGAAGCAGGCAUACAGCUGUCUGUUGAGCUCUGUGGGUGUGCUUUACAACUAGAUCUUCAAAAUGAGCUAGAGACAAAAUGUUUAAUUUAUAAAACUAUUGCUUACCUUUUGCCCACUGACUUGGAGAUUUGUCGAAUCUGUGCUUUAUCGGUUUUCUUUUUGGAGAGGACACCAGAAUCGUACCAGGACGUGGAACGUUUGUACAAACGUUCCGAUGAGGAUUACAAUGAAUUUACAAGCUUUGUAGAGAAUCGUGUAAGAUUUGAGUUACUGCCAAUCUUAAAAAGGGGUCUGCUGUUUGACCCAGAAUUUUGGAAUUUAUCAACAAUUCAGAAGAACUGUGCUAACCUGCUUGAUGAUAAGGCUGUCAUGAUCUUAUCAAAUUUUAAUAAACUGGACAACAUUGUUUAUCAGAACUUAAAUGAGGACUUUUCAGUUACGAACUUAAGCAAUGGACCACUAGAGCACAAAAAUGCAAGCAACAUUAAAUCUGGAAUCCCUGCUGAAUCGAAAAGAAAUCAUACAGUGGUUGGUGCAAACAAAUUGGACCAUAUUAAUGUUCCAAGGCAUCAUUGUACUUUGUGCAAUAAGGAGUUGCUGGGGGGACAUAUUUUUAGGCAUGCCCAGGCUCAUCAGAAAAAGGGUUGCUUUUCAUGUGUUAUUUGUGCCAGAAAGUUCAGAAACCGUUUAACAAUGCUUAAGCAUUUAAAAGAUCACAUAAAGAAAAUACAGAGACAGCCAAUGGCUAAACCUGCUGAUCAUGCUGCUUCAAAUGCCUCUACUCACUUGUCUGAUACACUUGGAGUUAACUUCUCAGACAUUUCUGAGGUGUCUUUAGAAAAAGGAAAUUCCAAUAAUGCUACCAAUGAAGUAUUGACUUCUGUUUCAAUUGUAAAUGCCACAAACCAAGACUCUGAUCCUGAACCUGUAAUUCCAGUUGAAAAUCAUGUAACUGAUCAUGUCAUUGAAAACCUAAAUCAUGUAAGUGAUCAGGUCAUUGAAAACCUAAAUCGUGUAACUGAUCAGGUCAUUGAAAACCUAAAUCAUGUAACUGAUUUAAAAAAUUCAGUUGAAGACGUUGAAUUAUGUGAAAUAAAACAAGUUGAGUGCAGCUUGCCGAGCGAGCCACCUGAAUGUAAUAAAAUAAAUGGGUCUUUACAUCCAUGUAGUGGUGAUCACGUAGUAAACCAUGGCGGGAAUUACAAAUGCCCUGGCCAAGGAUGUACCCGCGUUUUCAAAAAGACUAGUUCCCUUAAUAAACAUGCAAGGAAAGCCCACCCAACAGACAUACAUGUACAGCAGCAUUUAAUGAACUGGAGUAAGGGAAAAUGCCGUUUCUGUUUCAGAAAGUUUGUAGACGCUCAACAUUAUAUUGAUCAUGUGAAAAGACAUAUUUACCCUAAUGUCUACUUUUGCCAACACAUGGACUGCAAGAAAUCAUUCAAAUUAGCAGGUCAGCUGACAGAGCACAUGUCAAGCCAUGUUGUUUUCAGAGCUCAGUGCAAUUUUCCCAACUGCUCUGACGUUUUCGAAAAACUCUCCUACCUUUACGAGCAUGAAGCUCUUCACUACAAGCAAAAGGUUGAGUUCCACGUAACAGAACUUGCCACUCAAUUGCCUGCAAUUAAAUCUGUAGAUCAUGUUAUUGAAGAAAAUAUUCAAGAACCGGUAGACACAACCAAUAGCUUACGUGUGGCUAACAGUGAAAACGUAGCGUCUGUCAAAGACAAAGAAAUUUUAGAUUUGUUAGUUCCAAUGUGGAAAUCAAGAAAAGAUGUAGCUAAACCAAAGACAUAUAUGCAAAUAGAGCAGAAAAUAAAUGAUGACGUUCAGAAUGGUGAUGAGCACCUUCAAGAAAUUCCUGAUCAUGCGCACAUGAAAGGUUUAGACUGCCCAGUUCCAGAACUAUCCCCUGAAAAUGUUGCAGAAAUUAUUCCUAAUGGAUACAAUGUAUCUGAUCAGGCUGUCAAACAAAUCACGCCUGCAGAUUCUGCACAUAAUGUUGCCAAUUCAAGUACUAUAUUUGUUUCUGAUGCUGCACAAGAGGCAACUCAAAAAGAUAGUGCUGUUCAACCUGAUGAGAGUGCCUCCAAAGCAUUUGUGAACUCUGGUACAGUGCAGUAUGGUGGAAAUAGGGUUUUUAUCAGGCCAUUGCCUCCAAGUUAUCUAGAUGAACAGUACAUCAGCAUGCCAAAACGCAGAAAAAUGGAGGAAGAGCACACACCUACAAAGGAUACCACGUGUAACAAGCCGGUGGAAAGAUUUAGAUGUGAGAAGUGCCUAACAAAUUACUGUAGCUUAAAAGCACUUGAUGAGCAUGUAGCACAAAAGAAAUGCCAGUCCUUUUUUGGGUUUGAUUCAGAUGAUGAAAGUAAGUAAGAUUAUUUCCAAACUGCCUUUAUGUCAAUAUUUUACUCUUGGUAUUGUUAGACAUGUCGGCUAUAAAUAAACUGACCUUGCUUUAUAGACUUUCUACUUUGUAUAAAAGGUUUAACGUAUUUAAUAUUUUCAGAAUAAAAUCACCCCACCAAGUUGAAGAGUCGCAAGCCUUCUUAUUUCAUGUUUUCUGAACAUGUAAUACAUUUUAACUCCACCCUCUUGAACACCCCCCCCCCAAAAGAAAUCUAUACUUAAAUUACCAAUGUAUAUUAAUCUUUAUUCUGGGUACAGCAGUAGAGGAAAAAAAAAAAUAGAAUGCGGCGGGUGUUGGAUUUCCUUAAUAGUAAUAUUUUUUUCUAAGUUGCAAGUAUUGAAUGGAAUUUUAUAAGUGUAAGGAUAUGUGUGAUUGCAAAGGGGAAUGGCAGAGUUACUUGAGAGCAUAGAGAGAAAAGUAUGGUAAACCAGGAAAAAAAUGGUAGCAGAUACAUUAAGAAGAAUAAUGGAAGCAUGCCCUUUGGAAUUUAGAUUUUGGUUUUCCUCUUAGGCUGUGUCUUUGGAAAAUGGUGGAGUAAAAGAUGGGUAGAAAACAAUAGUAAAUUAGGUGCUCCAGAAGCUUGGAGACCAAGAUCAUGGAUACAGUUGGUAGUAGUGUAAUAAUGAAGUAGAUAUACACAGUCUGAAUAUAUAGGUUUUACAACUUUAAAAAUGAUGUUUAGGUCUUCUCCCCUCCCACUCUGUAUACCAGCAGAAUGGUAAGGCUUCUGUAGAGAACGUCAAAAGAAUACUUGGAAUAUAAAUGUCUGUUGUUAAACUACUAUAAACAAUAUUUUUUCUGAUUCAAGAAAUUUAUUGUAUGAUUUUUAUUUUUUUUUUCAUUUUGUUUAUAGGUGCCUGGUGAAACCUUACCCAAGAAGAAACAAAUUCAUCACAUUUCUGGUUCAAAAUUGGCCUUAAACUAAACUUGACUGCUUUUCACAUUUUAAUUAAAACUUAAUCACUUGAGUGCUAGAUGUGUAUAUUUCAAGUCCAGAAAAAUGUUUGAUACAGCAAAUAUGCGUAGGUACCAAAAAUUUGGAGUAAAAAGUCCUUGAUGCUUUUUGAAGAUCAUUUUUUAAUAAAAAGAUCUUUUUAUACAAUAAAACAAGUCAUGUUGAUUUCAUGUAGAUAAUUUUCUUAGUUUCCUAUUAAUUGCAUCUUUAAGUUUAAAAUUUUAACCCAUAGGGUAAGCCGAAACAAAAUCUGCGUUUUACGUCAGACAAAUGGGGCAAUGGGAUAAAUGUAAAAAAAUUCAAAGUAAGUAUUCUAAAGUGGACUUGACAAAUGCACAGUUUGUGUGAAACAUUCACUUCAGGUAAUAGUACGUUGAGUAUUGAGUGAAUUUAUUUUUAAUAUAUUCUGUUAAUAGCAUACUAGUCAAUAACAAAUAAAUGUUAGUAUGGUCUUUAUUUUUCAUGGGAGAGGCCAGUGGUUGGGUUAAAUAGUUUUUUCCCUCCAGAUAAGUGGCAAUGCAACAUUAGGGACAUCACUGUUUCCUUCUGGCAAAAGGCAGACAGGACUCUAUUUAAAAAAACAAAACACUUUUUUAAAAGGUUAAACCUCUCCUCCUCCUCUUUAGCUUAUAAAAUCUUCUAGACAGAAAUGCCCAGUUGGUUAGGCCUUUUUCCCAGGCGAGGUGAGACUGUUGCAGCCGGGGAGGGCACCACUUGUCUAAAGACCAGCUCUGGUCAUAGGCUCAGCUUUUUGUUAUUCAAGUGGUGGAACUCGCGCUGAGUGCCUGCAUUCCACGCCUAUGUAACGUCCAACCAAUCCAUGCUUGAAGUGGCAUUGGUGCGCUUGGAUGCACUGUUCAGAGGUCCUUAAAGGUGGAACACAUGUACUGGUUAUGAUACUUUCCACCUGGACAUUGUGGCAGAAUAUGUGCAUGUGCAAUGCAAUCUUGGCACCAAAUUCAAAAAGGAAGGACCUUGGAGACUAUUAAAACCACAGCCACAACUACUUGUCAGCCAGGUGAUGUUCAGUUCUGUUGUAGGUGUGCUGUCACCAGCCCUUCAGCACACCCAGAGGCCAUUUAAAGUAAGACUUUCAGCUUUGUCCCUUUUCUAGCAUAGUUAGCUUAUUUUUUCUUUUUAGUAUGUCUAAUCCUGAAAUUUCUGAGAAACUUGUGGAUAAAUGGAAGUGUUUAUCCAAAUCCAAGAAUCUUGUCUAUGCAGUUUGCAUUCAACUCAUGCCAGCGGAAGAAGUGAAAAAAGGAGAGGUUUCAUUUCAAUCUUGGUUUUCAGUCAUCUUUUAUUCCUGGACCUGAAUUUUACAGAAAAAUAAGAAAACGAAACAUGAAGUAUAUUCUGACUCCAUUUUAGAUUCCUCCGCAUCAUCCUCAGAAAGAUUCAGAUGCCUCAUCCAAUCAAGAUUUUGCUUGCCCAGGUGAAUGCUUGCAUAAGCUUAUCAAGGAAUUUUAUUUUUUUUAAAGAAGAAAGGGUAGGCCAUAGCACAAGAAGAUGAAGUAUAUUUCCUUUCUAAGCCUAAACAUAUCAUGCUUAGGUAAUGGAGAUUUCAAUCCAAGAAAUACUUUCUUACAAUGCACUUUAAUACAUUUUAUUUUCUUCCAUUAAAGAAGAAUGCAAUAAUAAAUUAGAUCUUUCUAAAGUGGACAUGGCUAUUGCACAGGUGGAUAAGAAAGAUUGCAAGAGGCAAUGGUUUAAAAAAAAAAAAAAAAGCUGAAUCUACAUUAAGGCUUUAAUUAAUGCCGUACAGAAUAAAGCCCUUAUUGCAUGAUCUUUGGUUACUAAAGCACAAUGCACAUGGCUGGGUUCGCUGGAAAAUCUGUGUCUAAAAGGGCUGUCUGAUUUACAGGCUGGUCAGCGCACUCCACUUAUAAACACUCUAUGCGACCUGCCUUUUGAACAAGGCAGUCUUUCCAGCUGGCUGAUCUGCUUAAACAGAUGGCAGAGAGGAAAAAGGCUCUUCAAGAGGAGAAAAAGAAACUACUUAUUUUUUCCUUAUACAGAUAUUCUUUUUGCAGUUCAAAUUGGCGCAACUAUCAGAGACAGACUGUUUGGGUUUUUUUUUUACUACAGAAGUAAAGACAAAGGAAAGGAUUUUUUUUUUUUUCACGCAGACAAAUG